GCGACGAAGCGACGAGGGACGCGACGCGGAGGCCUCGAGGACGCUGCAUCGGCAGUUGCACCCCAGCCACACCCGGUACGAGCCAUGUAGUCGGGCUACCCUCCACCGCGAUACACGGCGGACAAUUGUUGCUUCUGCGCCCACAGGUGGUACAUCUUCAUCUUCGAUUUUCGCGAGCGUAGACGUAGACGACGUCGAGCCCGGUUCCCGUCUCGUCGCCGUCGUUCGCGAACCGACCGUGUCAAAAAGUGUGCGCGAACCGACGCGGCGAUCGACUUGUCGCCCUGACGAGCCUCGGCCACCCGACGUUAGGCUCGCGUCGUCGCUCGUUCCGGAUUCGGUUCCGCGAACGGCGCGCUACUCGUCUCCGUCUCCGAUAAGUCGCCGCCUUCGAAACGUUCAGCGUGCCGUCGCGCGCAGUGCGAGUCUCGUGUUCGACGCAGCAGCCCUGUGGAAAACUGUACGUCGGUUCAGGUGGAACGAGUAAACGGAGAACGUCCAUUGGAUAUGACCUCUCGGGUACGACUACGUGGACGUCGAGCGUAAACGCGCAUCGACGAACGAAUGCCCGUUUCUACGCGUAUCUACCCCUAUCUACGCGAAACGUUCUUUCCAACCUUCUCGAACGAAACGAAUCGGGUCAAAUCGUUACGAGCCGUCGUCGUCGAGAACGGGCGAAGAAAAGUGGUAGAGGAAAACGAGGAACGAAGGGAAAACGUGUAUAGGUCGUGGAUCGCUGGAAGGCCGUUGAACAGCCGCGCGAGGGCAGAGUUGUAGCUUCGCGCGGGUUCCUGGUCUCGCGGUGCCGCUGGAAACCGGUGCCGUCCGGGGGUGGAAGCAAGCGAACAGACGGAUCGAAAGUGUGGAACAAAGAUAGCGAGAGAGAAAAAGAGAGAGAGAGAGAGUGAGGAAGAGGGAGAGAGGUGAUUCGCGGCGAAGGGAUCGUUUCUGGGUGGAUCUCCGACCGAUAAAGGAAAACGAGAGACGAACAGGGUGAGAGGGAGGGGGUAGCACCGCUUACCGGAGGGAGUUAUCGACUACACGCGUAAGGCGACAGCGCACACAUACGGAUACACAAACAUCGCGGACCUGUUGUCCAACUUGUUGCUCGUCCCUGCGAGAAGGCGCAACUUGGUCGCCUCGCUCGUCUCUCCGCGAUCGCACGCCGAUGCUUUUCGAGAAAGGACCCUCGGCGUAACCCCUUUGAAACUCAUCGUCGGAAGUACGACGAUCCGUGGGAAGGCUCGUCGCGACGAACGAGGAAGUGAACGAGUAUACGUGUUCGGGUCGAGACACGCCCGGUUUCGCGAACCCGUCGAUAACUGGCGAACGCCGGAGAACAUCGUCGUCGAAACCCGAGGAGGGGGUCAUCGCUCGACGGCCAACGGUCUACGAACAUCGUACGAUCUUAUUAUGCGCGAGAAAAAGAUUUACUCGAUGAACCGCGAUUGCCAGAGACCAGACGAAAUGGAAGGCAGGGCGAACGGCUAGGCGAACGACGCCGCCGCGUAUCUUAAUCUUCCACCCGCGAAUACAACGAAAGCAAUACUACAAACAAGGUAAAGCGACGAAAGAAACAAAUUGGAGGAGAAUUCUUUUUCUGCGCGUCUCGCAAACUCGAAUCCCCGAACGAUUUUUGCUCGGGGAGGCCGAAAUUUUUCGUCGAGCGAGCACAGUCGUCGAGGACGAGGAUUCUUCCGAGUCUAUUCUCGAUCGGCCGAAUCUCGCAUCGUUUUCAUCGUGUUUCGAAGAGUAUUUUAAUAUAAAUUUACAUGCAUAACAAUACACGCGCGCGCGCACGAUACAGGAGCGAACGUAGACCCAUUUCGUGCAACGACACCUAGAAUUAGAAACAGUCGCCGAUCGCGAGUCCCAACGGAGCGGAGUUCACCGGAGAUCGGACCGUGAAUUUUACGUUUCAACAAUCGAUAUCGAUGCGACGCUCGGAUCGGUCCGAAUUCAGUUAAUUCCUCUCUUUAAUGAGGAAGAAGAAGAGGUGAAGGACAGAGCGAAAGGACAAAAGAGAGGAAUCGGUCGGAAGACUCGUCCAACGGCAGACACCGAAUUUAGUCAACGAGCGAAACCAACUGGGCUCGACGGGAGAAUCGGCCGACCGGCAGCUAAGCAUCGAUCGCGGAAUCGACCGAGAUCCACGUGGUUGGAAGACCUUCGAGCAGACAUUUUGCGAUCGCGAACCGAUCGUCGUUUAUCCAGCGAGCAACGAAAUCGGACGCUCACGGGAUACUUUCUCCCACAGGAGGUUUCUUUUUCGUUCGUCCAUCGGAUGUAAACGACGAAUCGCUGGAAAUAAAAGAUCUUUAUUUCGCGUUCUCGUUCGAUGAUCGAGGAACUCGAAAAGAGAAUCGAGAGGGACGGUCGAUCUGGAUUUUGAGAUUAACCGGAAGAGGUCCGAGCGGACAAAGCAGGCAAGAUGCCGCGAUGCUACAUGGUGAAGAAAGCUCUGUGCAACAAGUAUGCGAGCGAUGUUGCCAGAGAAUUCGAGAGCUGGGGCCGCGGUCGCGGGACGAAAUCGUCGCCGCCGAUCACCGUGCAGGCUCCGGUCUCGCCCACGGAACGGACCAUGGCACCCCCCGUUUCUCGAGAAUCUCACAGAACGCACUCCCAAAACGCAACGUUCAAAAAAAGGAGGGCCGACUACCACACUCGCAGGAAGAAGUCGUACGACCCCGACUACGAGACCAACGUACCGAUAACGAUUACGUAUUCUUCCCGUAAGACGAGAAGCUUCGGGGCACGGAGGACGGAAUCUUCUCGUACAGCGACCAGCGUCGCCACAUCGAGAAAGGAACCAGCCCGUACAGUGACGAACUUCAUCAUACCGAGAAAGGAACCUGCCCGUACGGUGACGAACUUCGUCACACCGAGAAAAGAACCCGCACGCACAGUGACGAACUUCGUUACACCGAGAACGGACUCUCCCCGUACAACGACGAACGUCGCCACACCGAAGACGGAACCGUCUCGUACAGCGACCAGCGUCGCCGUACCAAGGACGGAAUCUUCCCGUACAGCGACCAGCUCCGCCACACCGAGGACAGAAACUUCUCGUACAGUAGCGAGCAUCACCAUACCGAAGGCAGAACCUCCCCGUAUAACGACGAGCGUCGCCACACCAAAGACGGAACCUACUCGUACAGUAACGAGCAUCGCGAUACCAAGGGCGGAAUCUGUUCGUACGCCACCGAGCGUCGUUACGCCGAGGACGGAACCGUCUCGUAGUGCAACGAGCAUCGCUAUACCAUGGACGGAACCUCCACGUAUAGCAACGAGCAUCGCCGUACCGAGAACGGAAUCUCUUCGAACAGCGCCGAGCUUCGCCACACCGUGGACGGAACCUCCUCGUCUAGCAACGAGUAUCGCAAUACCAUGGACGGAACCUGCCCGUAUAACUACGAACAUCGCAAUACCAUGGACGGAACCUGCCCGUUUAGCAACGAGCAUCGCCGUGCCAAGGACAGAACCUCCACGUACAGCGACGAGCAUCCCCGCACCUAGAAAGGAAGUUCCCCGUAUAUCGUCGGUGAUCGCCUACACGGGUCCAACGGAGGUAGAAGUUGAAGAGGACGCGAGCGAAAACGCGGUCGAGAACGCGACGCCGGUGGUGCCUUUCGCGGCUCCUAAUUCGCCACCGUCCAGAACGAUCGUGCUGAGUCAGCGACGCGGGAAAUCGCCACCUGCAGAACCGUUUCCUCCGUCGCGUACGACAAAGACAACAACGGUGGCACCGUAUCAAGCGGAAGAGAUCGAAAGAGGAUCCGUUCCCGACUCCGGUUCGACAACAGAAGCCAACAACCACAGCGGCAUCGUGAUCUCGUACACGUCUUCGAAGCCGAAUUCGUCGAAGGAUCGGUCCGCGGCCGAAACCGCAGCCGCUCACGAUCUCUUGGAGCUCUCGAGGUCGCUGCCUCCGCUACCACCGCCCAGCGUAGCCAUCGGGCCGCAGAACGUGACGGAAUCACCCGACACGGACAUCGAGGAGUUGACGGUCUAUGAGUCGGAGCAGCCAAUCUACCAAGUGAACGCCAUCGAUUUAGUGGGUUCCGCGGUUUGUCAGCAACAGCCAACCACGAGCGUAAUUUACGAGCCUGCCACGACGAUAGUCGAGCAGACGGGCAACGUGUACAUUCCCUUGUCUCCGGUCCAAGAGAUUCUGCUCACUUACGGCCCGUCGUCCAUCCCAUGCUCGACGAUCGUUAGCCAGCAGCCUCCGCAGAAGCAGCCGAAUCCGCAGCAACAGCAGCCUCAUCGAACGGUGGACGCCGCGCCCCCGUUAACGCCACCCAUCUCCGAAUGCAGCAGCGAUAUCGAGAACAACAAUCCCAACUCGCAACCGUGCCAGAAAGACAAGGAGGUACAGACCGUGAUCGAGCAGACGGAAGUAAAGCCAGCGAGUUAUACGUACGACACUCUGUUGGUCGCGGACGGUAGAUCCAAGCAUAAGAAGAACGCCCCUAAUCAGAAGACGCAAGCGACCGAGCCCGUCGAGGCGCCGGAGACGUCCAAAAGCGGACGUUAUGUCUGUUGCGAAUGCGGUAAGCAAUACGCGACCUCGUCGAACCUGUCGCGGCACAAGCAAACCCAUCGCAGCAUCGACUCGCAGUCAGCGAAAAAGUGCAUCCACUGCGGCAAGGCUUACGUGAGCAUGCCGGCUCUGGCGAUGCACGUGCUCACUCACAAGUUGGCCCACAGCUGCGGCGUCUGCGGGAAAAUGUUCUCGAGGCCCUGGCUACUUCAGGGCCACCUGAGAAGUCACACCGGGGAGAAACCGUAUGGGUGCGCGCACUGCGGGAAAGCGUUCGCCGAUCGGUCGAACCUUCGCGCGCACAUGCAAACGCAUUCCGCGGACAAGAACUACGAAUGCUACAAGUGUCAUAAGUCGUUCGCUCUGAAAUCUUAUUUGAACAAGCAUCUGGAGUCCUCCUGCCAGAGAGAGAACGACGAUUCCGGCAACGAUUCGAACUCGGCGUCUUAAUAGGUUCGAACGAGACGAGUGAGCUGGUAUCGUUAGCGUCGCUGACGCUCUUGCGUCUUUCGGCUGAUCCCCAUCGCGAGACGGACGCUCGUUCGAAACUUGUUUCGGGUCAAUGCCAGUGAGUCAAUUGAAAUUCAUCCCUAAAUUCCUUCGAGGUAACGGUAACAGCGAAUUCGUUCCCUUCCACUGUCCUUCGUUUCCAACUCCUAACGAUUCCCGUAAAUCGUGGGAGGAGAAGAAAAGAGAAGCACGGGCGCAGCUGCGCGAAGAACACGCGCUUUGUAAGAGUACGCGUGCGGACCACUGUGGUAAGUGUAGGUUCGACAAGUUUUGUUAGCGAUGCAAUUUGUCUGUCGUUCGCGACGUUCCCAUCGUUCGCGGCCGCUGCUCGAUGAAACAACGUCCAUGGAAAUCGAUUUUCUCGAGGCAACGAGACUUAAAAGGGAUAGGGCGUAGGGCGUAGGAGGACACGAGAGAAAACGAUGCAUAGCAGCCCGACCAAAAUCGAUGAACCAGGUACCAUCGACUAGCUGCUAUCGAGGGACCAUCAAAUUCCGACGAUGACUAAAAUCCAUUUCGAUAUCUUCUAAUCUCGGGUCGCCCCAUUCGGAUCGACCUCGAGACUCGACGAUGAACAGAUACUCAAAGUUUGUCGACUUUUGUCGAUGCGCCGGUGUCCGUUUUAAUAUUCGGAUACUUCCCGAGAAGAUUCCUGUCCCUCCGUCUCGUUCCUAUAUCGUUUUCGUACAAAUUCCGUAGCUCGUUCUAUUCUCUUCAACGUUCUUUUACGUAGACGCGCGAUUACGCGUCGCGAUCGAACGGCACCCGCUGCCCGUCCCGUUCGCGAUCGAAAAAGAAUUGAUGGAGAAACGUUGAAAGUUACCGGCAGCCUUACUCUCGACGAACCAUUUCUCAUGAGAGCCUGAUUCAUCUAAAGCGUUCUUUACCCGAAGUUCCAUCGGCGAUCCUUGCCGUGUAACACAAGGUUCGGGCACAUCUCGAAGGUUUUCAUCAACAUUUCACGGAAACUGGACCACCUGUUGAACGCAGGAAUGACCAUUCCGGUGGCGAAAGGGUCGCUCGUUUCUAUCGUGAAUUAUAGAACGGCCUCCUGUAAUUUCCUGCUUGUUAACCGUGCGCGAACGAGAUAUCGGAAUUUUCGCGAUUCUCUUUCGCGUCCGAGUCGUUCGACGCGUUUUCUCACGCCGAGCGAGGACCAACGGAACUGGGGAAGCCGCUCCACGCCGACGUCUGUUCUAGUCUGCUCGAAUUGAACGUUCGACGGGGAUUUUGUAGAAGACGUUUAUACACGUAUUUUUUCGCCAGCGAGCUGUUCACGCGUAGACACUGUUCGUCACUUCGGAAGCAGCGUCGUACUAGUCGGCUCCGCGCCGAGUACGUCCGAUCGAAAGCUUUUCGUUUGUAAUCUAGUCGUAGGAUCAUCGAAUAGUAGUUUUUAACUUGUCGCGUUCCACGGUUGGCGCGUAUAUUUUUUUACGCACACGCACAGGCGUGCACGCAGGAUAUGCAAGCUCGCACGUAGGUGUCAGCUUCGUUUCAUCGUCGUUCGUAGUCGUUGAUCGGUUUUCGUUUAGCGUACGCGAGUAGACGACUCGUUAGAGUUAGAGCCGAAUUGUGAUAUUAAUUUAGAAUUCUCGCGGGAGAAGAAAAUCGAGCGGGACCGCCGACGAAAGGAACGUCGCGUCGAUCGAAGGAAACUGAAACCAAAGGAGGUACCAAAGAGGUAUGUACGUAUAACGACGAGAACGAGAGUAAACGGAUUCAACGUUCUAGUCAACGAGUUACGCUCGAACCUUAUCGUUUCGUCUUUGAUUUGCCCCGAGCCGUAUAAGUAUCCUAAAUGAAACCAAAGAGGCUCGAACGUGUCAUACGAUAGGCAGACGUUAAGUUUAGUCGCUAUUGCUUUCGCGAGUACGCAUUUUUUCUAUCGAGACCGUAGAGAUAUUUUGGUACCAAACGUUUUUCGCGAAUUAUAUUUAUAUCGUACCUAAGUAGAAGUCUUAGAAAUCGAUCGAAUAAAUUGUCGCGUGCGCGCGAGGUAUCGGUUGGUAGUCGUGUAGUUUUUAACGCGCCGCGAAACCAAACGAAACGAGCUUUAGCUAUUUAAGUUUAAAGAGAACCAAAGAGACGCGUCAGGAGAAUGUAUGUCCGUCGGACACGAGAUGCGAUACCGCACGUCCGUGUAUCCGUUUCGUCGAUACUCGGCGAACGGCGAGAACCGAUAUUAGUUCUGGACGGAGACAUCCUUCUCACCGGGCAUUGUGCAACCGAUCGCAAAGUCGUUUGAUCGAGGAGGAUUUUUAUACGAGACUCGGCUUCGACCGCGAGGAAACAUUAUUGUUCCACGCGUAAUCCUCGCUCGUCUCUCCCGUCCGUGGAACAAACCUAUGCGCUUGCUCUAGUAUUCAACGACGCUAGGAAGCGCGAUUACCAGGUUCCAUCCUCGAAACCGAAAGUCGAAUAAUUAAAGUCAAACCGAUUGCACCCUUGAACGAUGUUCGCGACCAUCGCUGUUGUCUUCGCGUUGCAUCACGAUCACGGUACUCGACAGUCAAUCGAAUCUCCGAUUCAACCGAUCGGAGUGAACCUCGUAACGAUAGUCAAUAACGAAACGGAAGAGAAAUCCAUCUACACACAUUUAUUGUAUGCAUAUGCACUCGAGCGAAUCGUUCUUCGCCGCUGCAACGAGUAUAAUUUCAUAAACAAUUAUCUACUCGACGUGUUAUCAUCGUUUUUUAGCAAUAAUCACCUCGUCACGGAGGUAAACGGUUAGUCGAGAGGACCGUAGCGUAGGGUAGAGUAGAGAAAUCGUCGGAGAGACGAAGCUGUAAUCGUCGGGUAGGUACCACCGUUUGUUUCCUUCGUUAUCACAGUUUUAAAAUACGUUGCUGUCUCGAAGAACGAACGUUCUUAGAUCGUAGAACUCGAAACGAGGCAUGAGAUGAUUAAAACGAAAACUCGCAUGGUAAACAUAUAAUUAAUUAACGACGUCGAUGCGAUCGAUUUACGCCAGGGCGAUCGUGCCUCGUACUGUGGCCUCCCCUCCGAAAAAGAGUAUGGGAUCCGAACGCUUGCUAGAAACGUCAAGCGUUCGAACAUUUUCGUCAGCCACUCGAAGUAUCUCCCGCGAUCCGACAAAAGUAAAGUGUGUUUCGAUAAACUGACGAAGCGACGAUCCAUCGCGUUCGUCGGAACACCCUUUAAUUCGGCAUGUCGACAAAAUUUUUGCUAUUAAAUAGAACGAGGAAAUCUUGACGAAUCUCAUUGCCCCGUAGCCGUUGUUGUAACGUAAACCAAAGAAGGAUGAGAUAGAAACUGAGAAGGAUGAGACAAGGAAAAGGGAGGAAACGUAACGAGGGUGGAUCCGUUCCCCUAAGUUUCGCGCAUGCCAUUUCGCGUAAUUAACCGUUUAGAAGACUCUAAAAAGGACCAAAGUACUUAAACGUAAUUAUGCCGAAUAACGAUUACGAUAAAGCGUAAUUGAAUCGUCGCCUCUCGCGGUGAUAACCGUUGUCAAUAAGAGGGAAAGGGAAGGUAGGAGAGCGAAGAUGUAGAGAAAAGGGGUAAGAACGGAAAGGAGACGGAGGUGUCGACCGUUAGGAAAAUUACGUACGUUCAGAAACACGGUAAAAACGAACAACGAAACAAGCGGGACAGCGACUGUCCGCAUUAACUAUAAUAAUUAAUAAUUACGAGUAAACAUGCUAGGCCGAAUACGUACGAUAUAUGCUGUCUGUAUGUGUACGUGUACGUGUAUGUUAGCCGAAUUUUCGCUACACCGAAACUUUUCGCGGAAACGAUUGCCCGUAAUUCAAUUCUCUAUUUCACUUCAGAAAAUAGGUCGAGCUUGAUAUUUCUCAGUUAGUUAGGUACUCGAUUCGGUAAUUUCGCUUGUACACCAUUCGUUUGCUUGAUCAGAUCGAUCGGAACCAAAUACAGCGUGAUCAUCGGUUCGUCGUCGGGCCUUCCUAAAUCAGAUACAUAAAACUGUUGGUAUAUCUGGUAUCGAGUAAAACGCGCGAGACCGGAUAGGAGAAACGGCGUGACGAGUCGCGAUAAAUGAAUGAUCACCAUCCCUUGCCCGUUGAACGGACGUUUUUCCAGCACGAAACCUGUCACCCUUUGAUCGUUCCGAUUACGAAAUUAAUUAGUGCGCGAUCCGGGACUCGCCUCCGUUAGCGAUAAUUUCGAUUUCACUCGAGUUUCGUAAAGAGGACCGAUCUUACAUCGGUAGAAAUCGUUUCGCAUGCACGCAAAUAUACACGUAGACGCGAGAGUAAAACGAAUCUAUAGACUGCGAAUUUUUGUGCGCUCCCGCAGUGAGCAAGAAAAAGAGUAAAACUUUCCGAUGUAAAUUUGACUUUUAACUAAAUUUUUGUAAGUAGAAAAUCCGUGACGGCGCGGAUUGCGAUUUGUACAUAUAUUUUGACCUCCGCAAAUGCGUUUACAAUAAUCCGAUUGCGCACGAAGACUCGCAGUCUUCUGUCGUCGGAUACGAGCGAGCGGAAUGUCGCGAAGCGAAGCGCAGCAGAGAAGCAGGCACGACCAACCGACCAACGAACCACCUGGCUUUUGCGAAGAGGAUCGAGGAAGAGGUAGAAAGCGAGGAAAGGAAGAGAGAAGAGCGCGAGGUAAAACGUAGGACUUACAAUUAGAUUAGUGUGAUACAAGGUACGACAAAGCAAUAAUUUAGUGAUUGUAUAAUAUAUUUGAUUAGUGAGUUAGCGAGCUAAGUUUAAUGGUAAAUUUUCGGAAUCUAUAAAUGAUACUUAGCUAUUCGAUAAAUCGUAUAGUUUUGUAGAAAUGCUAACACGAUUCGCCACUUUGGGGAUGAGAAAUGAGAGAACAAAGAAAGAAACGAUAUAGAUAAAUAAAUGAAUAAAUAUAUAAAUAAAACGCUGUCUUGGGAUCAAAGAUAUAGCGACGAGAGACGAAGGUCGGAAGGGGAUUUGUAAAAUAUGUAAAGCCGACGGUCGUGAAUCAAGUUUCCAUAACCGAUCAUUGUUCGUUCCGUGACAUGAUUUGAUUUUUUUUAAUUAUCGCCUUUCCUUUGCCACGUUCACCAUACGCGUUACCGAUCAAUUGACUCGACAAACUGAGCGCGUACCUCGAUCGAACAGCUGUUUGAAGAAUCUCGCAUGGCAUGUAAAAAUCGUAUCUUGCAUUCGCUACCGGCGCGCGGUGGUAUCGUAAACUCGACAAAAGAAAUCACUAUUUUUUCAUCCAUUCGACUACGGUGUACCUUGGGUAUGACGCGUACAUUUCCAAUUGAUAUUCGAGAAUCGACGAUGAACGAUUAGGUAUCGUGGUCUUCCUAUUUCGAACGAAACCGCGUGACCGAGUAAGGGUCGCGACCAGAGAAAGUACCACGCGCGAAACAGACGACGAGGGAACGAAUUGCAUCUUAUAUUUUUGAAUUGUUUCUCUCUGACCAGGGAACGAUACUUUUAUUCGAAGUUAAGAUUUACUACACAGCGUGACACGUUCCCAAGGGCGUUUCGGCUCAUAAGAAAAUGAAUAAAUUUUAAAGAAAAUCCCAAGACUGAUAGUGAAUAUAUAUAUAUCGAGAUUCGUUUAAAAGACGCAUCUAAUCGAGCUCGGAGCUUGUAUCUCGCGAAAGUCGUUUCUCCGAAUGUUUCGAGUCGACGAGUAGGAAGAGAGGGAAAGAGCGUACGAAUGAACGCGAGAGAAUGGAUCGGCGAGUGGACGAAGGUCUGUAAUUUUCGCAUUCAUGGACGCCCGAUCUUGCUCUCUAUUUAUUUUUUCCUCCGAAUUCGCGGUACGUGCACGUGUGAUUCGCGGUCGUCGCUAGAUCGACGACGACGGACCAGAUGCGUUCGCGUUAACGCGAGCCACAACAGGGGUAAAAAGAUUUGUUCCUAUAUAAUGCAUAAUAAAUAAUAUGUAGAUAAAGCCAUGAAUUCGACUGGUAAGAAGAGACCUUCGUCGACGUUGAAUCGAUGCAUUUUAAACAUUGUAAUAAACAAAUAUACAUAGCACGUAUGUAUAUGGAAUAUGGACCUUGGCGUACACGGAACGCGAGUAGAUUUCGUUUUAUUUUCACCGAGUUUUCUUCUCAGUUUUAUUGUUGAGCAAAUAAUUUUAAUUGAUCGAGCACGUAAUUUUUAAUAUAGCGACGAUAAUUCGAUUUACGCACACGUGUUGUUUUUCGUCCGAAUACGCCACAGAUAAAUUUUGUCAAAGCGAGAACUCAACAAACAGUGGUAAACGAAAAAGAAACCAACAACAGUAAAUGAUUAAUGUACUUGCAAUGUUUAAGGAUAAAAACAGUUUAAUUGCACUACAUUUAUAAACUUUAUUAAUUAUACGUUGCAAAAAAGAAAAUGACGUGAACAAAAUUCUGUACUCUUUAUUGAAUCGCCUGGCUCGUCGCUCCAUUUACAA